AUGAGCUCUCACUCGCCUGUAUACGAUCCUUACCUCUUUGAUAUCAACCAAGAGCCAUCGCAUGAACAGCAGGUCGUUCAUAGGCAGGCGCAACGUAGACAUAUUAACGAGUGGAAGAGCAUGCAGCACAACGCAGUCAUAGUCACAGGAACAGAUAUCUUCAUUCCACAAAAGAUCUACAAGCCUCAUACCGUUGCUGACCAACGUCGAUAUAUCGAGGAGGCUGAACUCAUGAGAUGCGUUACUUUUGAGAAUCAGCAUCCCCAGGAGAGCGGUGUGCCUCUCAUCGACGCACUCCGAUCGAGCUGCAAGCACCUCGUCAACAAGGAAGAUGCGAUGUUUGAUGGCGCGGGUCCGUCUGUGUCGAUCCGCAUCCAGUGGCCUGGCUAUGCCUCCUGGACGCGUCAGAUCCCCACCAAGGACUUCCGCACCCCGAAGCAACCCAUCACUCGGGAGAAGCUCGCGAAGAACAUUGCGAACUGCGUCAAGCGAUUCAUCGAGGCGAUGGAGAAGAAGCCGAUGGAGGAUGACGAGGACCCGAAAUGGCGGGUUCAUAGCAGGAAUGGCAUCAGGCUUGAGGAUCUGAUCCUCGUCAGCCUCCAUCAUGUCAGCCAGGGCAGCUGGCAGCCUCAGCUGAGGUUGCGUCGCCCUCUCUGA